AUGACCUUCCUCCCAAGUCCCAACCACCUGCUCCAGUCGGUGAUCCCAGAUGACUGUCAGGUACAGAUAGAAGCUAGCGGACUGCAGACUGAUGUGCAGAAGAUCCUGAGGAACGCCAGGAAACUGCCAGAGAAGACCCAGACCUUCUACAAGGAGCUGAACCGUUUACGCAAGGCUGCGCUGGCGUUUGGUUUCUGGGAGCUGCUGAAGGGAGUUGCAGAGCUGUUAGAGAGGGAGUGUACCCUGCUGCCGGACACAGCUCACCCUGACGCAGCCUUCCAGCUAUCACACGCUGCCAAGCAGCUGAAACUAGCCUCCACAGGAGACUCCCAGUACGCUGCCUUCGACCAGAACAUCAACCCCAUGCACACCGACUUCUCUGGGGGAGGAGCUGGCAUGUAGAGAGGAAGGAGAGAGAGAGCUUCUGAAAUGGCGUCCCAGUAUCUGGGCGUUAGAGAUGUUGACCUGUCUCCUCUCUAACGCCCCCCCCCCCCCGGAAACUCCCGAUUCAAACUGCCAUGACAGCGUUGUAAAAAAAAGACGUUAGAUGCUCAGUGAAACUCCAUAUUUAGUGAGUAACUAUCUUCAUUUACUCCUGUUACGGACGGAAAUGUAAUUCCAGAAAAUAUCGAAAUAAAAACGUACAAGCAACCGGGAGAAAAAGCCAAUAUUCACUCGCGUCCAAGUCAGAAGUCUACAACAGCUCAAUACAUUGAAGGUACCGAAGAGGCUAUUCCCCCCCCCCCUUCCGUUUGCAUUUAUAAAUAAUGAAAAACGACAUACUGUAGUUUGUUGAGUAACGGCUGUAUUUUGACAAUUCUUGCAGUUGUCUAAUGGCAGUUUGAAUCUGAGGAGACCCGUCGAUCACUAAAGCCCAGAUACUGGGGGACAUGUUCCCAUAGGCCCUGGUCUAAAGUAGUGCACUAUAUAGGGAAUAGGGUUCCAUAGGUCUCUGGUCUAAAGUAGUGCACUAUAUAGGGAAUAGGGUGCCGUUUGGGACUAUUAGAAUGGCACACCAACUGUUAACUCAAAGCUAAGGCCUAUGGCUUCACAUGUGUUUUUGACCUGUUUUGUACAUAUCGUUUUUAUAACUUUCCUAAUGAAUAAAUGAUUAAAAAA